AUGCCUGAAGCCUCCUACCAAAGUCUCGACCUCAGGCUCCACUGCACUCUGGAGCUUGAGGUCGAGGCCUCCGACUCGGACUCCACAGCAUGCCUGUAGAUUCUGAGGCUGAGAUUUCUGGCUUGGGCCUUUCAGGCCCGAGCUGGAGACUUCGCCUCAGGCUUCAUAGGACUGUGGAGUCUGAAGGGGGUCCCGAGUGGCAACAGGAGCCUCGAGAGGAGAGUCCGGCAGCGGCUCUGACCCUGCCGGAAAAAAACCAGGUACAAAAGGGGAAGGAGAACACUUUAUUCAAAAUCAUGGUUCAGAGUGUCCGGUUCGAUGCCGCCCUCGGAGUACGACGUCGUCCGGCAUCCAUCCCGGCUCGCGUCUCGACCGGCAUCCAUCCCGUCACAUCAUUCGACCUGAAAACCUCCUCCCCAUUAGUCCCUUCCUCUCUUGUUCUGAAACCGUCCCAAACGGUUGCUACCCGGAUGUCUUUUCCGAAUGGCCCAAGGCCAACUUCUCUUUUUUUGCAAAGGCCUGGCUGCAUGACCGUCUUGGCUGAAAUCUUCCGAAUAAAGAGUCAUUUUUUUUUUUGCGAAGUCACACAUGAAAGCCAAGAGAAGCUCUUCAAACAAGCUGAAUGGCAAAGGGUCCUUUACUUCUUUAAGGGUCAUGACAAAAGCUCAAAGUCCUCUUGAUUAGUGAAGCCAUGUUUUUUAUUUUUGAAUUUUGCAAGUGUAUGAAUAAAUUUUUCAAAGGUCUCCUAAAGCUUUUUUGAUUUUCAAAGGUGAGCUCGCAGUCUUGAGGCUUUUCAAAAUCAUUACAAGUUUUCAGCAUCAAAAGCAUCUAAAAAUGAAAGAAUAAGUUAUUUUUAAAUCUUUGUUGAAGUGAAAGCUUUUUAGUACAAGUGUUGCGAAUUCACCCUUGAAACAUUUCUAAAAAAUGAAGCUAUUGAAAAAACUGAAAGAACAAAAACCUAAUGAAAAGUCAAAAUAAGGCUGUCAAAAAACUUGUUCAAAGGUUGGAACUGAAGCAAAUGAUUAUGAUUGAGCUCAUAUUGAGCCUUUCCAACAAGUUCUUGAAAAAAAAAAAUUUAAUUGCAAAAGCGAACCCGCAAUUUUGAGAGCUUCCUGAAUGAAUUCAAGCAUUCAAAAAUUAAAAAUUCAAUAAAAAAAUUGAAGAGGAUCAAAUAACUUUUUGAAUUUAUCAAAAAAUGUAAGCCUUUUUCGAUUGUUUUUUUGAAAUGAAAAAGUUGAAUGAUGGAAUUUACUUCAACUCCAAAUAAAAAAUUUUACUCCUGAGCGUUCUGAGAAAAAAUUGACAUUUUUCAUCAGGACUUUGAAUUUCAAAACCAGCAUUGACUUCAAAAAUCAGAGAAAGUGAACUUCCGUCGGAAUUCCCUUCGCCAUACACCGCGCCAAAGAAUCACUUGACAAGCUUUGCUCUUCCAGAAGGUCUCAAUUUUUGGAGAGCUCCUCUUGGCUUUCUUGUGAAACUCCACAAAAAAACUCUUUAUUCAAAAGUUUACAGCUAAACUAAUGGCUACAAAUGUCUCCAAGCGAUCAACUAAAAUUUUUUUAUAAAAAAAUAUUAGUGAAGAUUCUGUGUUGCAAAUUGAAAAUUUUAACUAAGAUUUCAGAAAAAAAAAUUCAAUUUUACAUAGCUUUAUCUCCGCUAACUUGAGACAAGGUUUUGAAAUUUCGUUCUCGAAAAAAAAAAGAGUAUGAAAUCAAAAGAUCCCAGGGAGCAAUGAAGAAGCUCUAAAGAACUUUAAUUAAUGAAAAUCUCAGAGUAAAAAAAAUCUAAAAACUACUAUUUGAAAUUAGAAAAAAAAAACAACGACUUCAUUCUCAAGUCAAAAACCCGUAUAAAUUCUCCUAAAAAUCUUUGACUUGUCGAGAAAAAAAAUGACACUAAUAAAAAAAAAUCAAAGUGUUGACGCUCCAAAAUUUUUUUUUUCAAUCUAAAUAGUUCGCGAGCAGCUUCACAAUCAUUCUAAGAAUAAAAUAUUUUCGAAAAAUUUUGGACAUUCUUCAAUCCAACUCAACUCUCUAAAGAUCCUGAAACUAGAAAACAGGAUAAAAUUUAGUCUGAAACACAAAAUCUUCACCAAAACGACAAGUGCAAACUUUUGUUAGUUUAUAAAUUAAAAAUCAGUCGAUCGUUUGGCGAAACACUUGUAUCCGUUAGCCGGCCAUCCACCCAAGGCCCCGCAAAAAAAGAGAAGUCGACCCUGGGCCAUUCUUCCAGGAAAAAUCCUCGGAACCGAACAAUUUGUUUGAAAAAAAUAUAACUAACUAAAUAACGCAUGAAAACAACCUUUGAACUCGUCUUAAAUAAAAAAUUAUCUCAAAACUAGGGCGAAACUAUGCAAAAUCUGCUACUUUAAAGAAAAAUUGAUAAAAGCUGUUGAAGAAAUCAUCAACUCGAACAAUAGAAAUCAAAAUGAAAAAUAUAACCCAAGGUAUUUUUUCACACAACUUAUCCUAAAAGUCAAUUGUCAAAUGUCAAAGAUAAAAAAGUCUGAUAAACAAAUGUUUUCUCCUUUUGUGCCAAGAACUAUCAAUUUAAAAAAUACAGUCUGGUAAACAAUCCCUGCUGUGAUGUUUAAAGGCAAAUGUAAAAAAUUUUUAAAAAUCAGUUUUGAGACGAAGAUUCGGUGUUUUUUUUGGAUUUGGAUGACGACUGCGCCUUUAACCUUCACAGCAAGGACUAUUCUACAGGGUUCCAUCUAAAAAAAUUUUAUAAAAACGUGAUCGAAAUUUAAAUUUUUAGUGAAAAAUCGCUCUUUUUGAAUAAAUCGCUGAACUUCUUGGCAAAAAAUGGAUACGUAAUUUUUUCCCUAAGAAAAUUGUUUGAUUUCGAGAAUUUUCCUGGAAAGAAGACGUCCAGGUUGCCCCAGUUUUGGACGAUUCCAAUCCCAAGAUAGGAACGGUAUCGAAAAAAAUUCAAAGCUACCAAAUUUUUUCUUCGUCCUGAAGUCGUUCAAUCCUGUCGUUGUCUACUGUGAAGUCGUCAUUUUUCGCAUAUUCUAGCAAAAAACGAAAUUUAGAUCAUAAAAAAAAUUUUAAAACUCAAAUUUUGAAAGAAGAAAAAAUAUGUGAGCCGCGCCAUUUGUCUCAUGGUUGUCUUGCCUCUCCGAAAGUGAUUCUCUGAAAAAUCAGAACAAUUUUUCGAGGCAAGUCCAGAAAAGAAAUUUUAAAACGUAUCUUCAGAGUUCAGAAUCACGGAGUUUCCACUUUCUGCUUGAAAAAUCCUUGCUGGGGAUUUAAAGGAGCAUAACGAAAAUUACUACAGGGAAGAACAGAAGAAAAGCGAUUUUGAGCGUUGUUUUAACUCUGCUCCUUUAAACACCUCAGAAAUGAUUCUUAAAUCGGUCUUCUCGUCCUGCGUACCAUUCGACGUCAUCUGAAAAAUACUUUUGAGGAUCGAAAAUAAAUUAAAGAACAAAAAAACGGUCAAGAACAUGAUGAUCUAUACUAAGAAAGAAAUUCGGAAGAAAAAAAGCUCUAUUUUAUAAAAGAACAUAGAUUUCAACGUUAUAAAAACUUUGCUAGGUGUUAUCCAACAAUUACGAUGCUACAGGACAUUUUUUUGAUUCUUAUUAAAAAAACGGAGUUCACAAAAAAAUAUUCAAAUUUCUGCGUCGAAAAAUCUUCAAAAAGUGCCUAAAUGACGCAAUUUUAUUUUUAAUAAUUGAAAUGAUUGAAUUAAAAACACUUUUUAAAUCAACAAAUACGACAUUAAAGUGAAAAAUCAGGACACGGAACAGCAACUAGCCGCACUGCACGGAGAAAAAAGGAAGAAUGACGAUUGUUUUUCUACGCUGGCCGUUUGGCGCCGAUUUUCGAAAAAUUCUCGAACCUUUUCCCUUUUGACCCCAACGAUGUCGGGUCAAAACUUUUGGACAGAACAGAAUCUUCUUUUCGAUCCGAUUUUUGGCGGAGUUUCAAUUCGCAGCCGUCUUGCACGAUAUUUGAAUCAAUUUUUUAAACAAAAAUAGAUCGCUUGAGAAGUAUAUCAAUAAAUAUUCAGAAAUUCUACAUUGUGGCGUUUUACGCGCACUUCACAGUACAGUUUAUAAAAAGUAUUUUUUUACAGUUUGAAAAAAAUGUGUUACAAAAAAAGACUGCCAAACAAAAAAAUAAAAAAAUCAAAUUUGAGUUGAAUAAUUGAAAAAAAUUAUUCAAUCAUGCGCAGUUCUUGUCUCGAAGCGAAAAGCUUGAAACUAUUUGUGCCUACUGUAACCAAAAAUUCCGCAAACUCCGCGCGACGCCUACUUUUUAUUUAUUUUUCAAUUUUUGUUUAUUUUUUGUCUAAUUUUAUUUUUCGAAAUCGGUUUGCUUAGUUUUUAAGGUAACAUGUCGAAACAUAGAAAAAUUGUUUGAAAUAGCAAAUUAUAUUGUUUUUUUAAAUAAAAAGUCGUUUCUUUCCAGCUCAAUUCCAAGAAAAAGUUUUCGUUUUUUUUCUACCUUAAAAACGCAUUUGAAGUAGAAAAAGCUAGUUUCAUUUCUUUCCAAUACAUUCUUAUAAGUGAAAAUUGAUCGAAAUCGAUCGGUUUGUUCAGUUAACACUCUUUUCUCAAGAACCAAAGUUCUGCGUCAACAAAAAUUGUGGAAAACAACACGUUUAAAUAGUUGUCAUUUUCUAUUCAUUUCCUUUUCAGAGGUUAUAAAGCUUUCAUCUUCGUGGUUUUGGUUAGUUCUAGAAUGGAUAUAGUUGAAUUUCCACUUCUGAUUAUUUCAGAAACAUCGAUUUACAUGCUAA